AUGGGGAUUCUAAAGUUGAAUCUGCUCAUGAAGAAGCAGCGCCAGCGCCGGCGUCGCCAAAUCCAAGUCCGUGAUGGAUCGAUUGAUUCACGGGCUAAAAUAAUAAAUGGUUCAUCCUGUUGUCAGAACGAACUUGCUCCGAGCAGUCAACCUACAGGGUGUUCAGGCCCAAACCUUCCAGAGGACAUCUGGUGUUACAUACAUUCCUUAAUGCUUAUGCAAGAUGCUGCACGAGUUGCCUGCGUGUCUCGAGCUUUUGCUCAUUCCUGGAGAUGCCAUCCCAACCUAAUCUUAAGCGAAGAAUCAUUGGGCUUAAAUAAAAAUACAUGUGAAGAAGAGGGGAAAAGGAGAAAUUUCACUAGCACAGUUGACGACAUUAUGAAACACCACUCAGGCAAUGGUGUGAAGAAACUCAAGGUUCAUGUUAGUUCUGUUCACAACAAGGACAGUUGUCAUCUUGAUCACCUCGACAGUUGGCUUCAGCAUGCUGUUAAACCAGGGAUUGAAGAACUGACCAUCACCCUUCCAUCUAUGAAUGGAAGUUACAACUUCCCAUGUGAACUUUUAUCUGGUGGAACUGCAGACUCACUUAGGUAUCUCUAUCUUGCCUCAUGCAUUUUCCACCACACCUUCAAAAUUGGUUGUUUGGGAAGCUUGACAAGACUACAGCUUUAUAUGGUGCAUAUCAAGGACAACGAGCUUAGCUGUCUUCUUUCCAAUUCAUUGGCUUUAGAGCAGUUGGAACUCAGGCACUGCAGUACAAUAAAAUGCUUGAAAAUACCCUGUCUUCAGCAGUUCAGCUACCUUGGGGUUACAUUUUGCACAAAGCUGCAAGUUAUAGAGAGCAAAGCUCCAAAUCUCUCCAGUUUCAGAUUUGGAGGUGGCCUCCAUGUACAGCUAGCACUUGGUGAAACACUGCAAAUUAAAAAAUUGGACAUCAUAUGCAAUGGUGCUGCAUUUUACGCUCUUACUGAGCUGCCAUCCAGCAUGUCAAAUCUGGAAAGUCUUAAUAUAUAUUCUCAUAGUGAGAUGGUCAAUGCACCAAUGGUGCCCGGCAAUUUCUGCAACCUCAGGUUCUUGAGUAUUGCUCUUGGUGGAGUGGCUUAUGAUUAUCUUUCUCUGGCUUCCUUUUUUUAUGCCUCUCCUUGCUUGGAGACUUUCUCCUUGAAUGUAAUAAUGCCGGCGCAUGUUGAGCUUCCCUCGGUGUUUGCCGACCCUUCAGGUCUGAGGAUGAUGCCACAGCACCGACACAAGAAUCUCAGGCGUGUGCAGAUUUACAACUUUUCUUCUGGCAAGAGUUUGGUUGAGUUAAUAUGUCACAUUGUCGAGUCGACGCUGUCACUUGAGUGCCUUACAUUGGACACCACACAAGGUUUGCCGAGAUGCUCCGUGAACAAAUCUGGAAGAUGCUGCAUGUUGCGCCCUGGGGCAGUGGUGGAAGCUCAAAAAGCACUGUUGGCUGUCCAAAGGUACAUUAAGUGUAAAGUCCCCUCCACAGUCGAGUUUAUUGUUCUGGAACCUUGCCGCCAGUGCCAUGCCUAG